GGUUUAGUUCGAGAUUGUAAAAAAGAAGAAAUUAGACGAGAAAUAGCUAAUAUAAUGUCAUUGCCAUUGUUACCUAUGAAUGAACUUAAUAAUUCAAUGGAAUUAAUUAUUGAUACAUUAAGUAAUACAGAUGAUAAAUAUAUAAAAUUAACUGAUUAUGUAAUAACAACAUAUAUCUCCGGAAAAUUUGAUAUCCAAUUUUGGAAUUUAUAUGAUACCAUUGGCGUACGUCCACGUACUAAUAAUCAUGUUGAUUCUCUGUUCCAUUUAAUAUAUGUUCAGUUAAAUUGGAAUAUUCCAGUCUCGGAUCAUCUUUAA